AUGCUCUUCUACAUCCUCACCGGAACCACUCUCUUCACAGCUCUGCUUGUGACAAUCCUCAAUGGCCUCGCCUACGCCGCAUUACAAUCCACACCCGCCCACACCGCAGCAGCCGGCCUGGCCCCGGUGGCCCUGAGCGUCCUCACCUGCACCACUCUCACCAGUCUCGCCGUGAUCCUCCACAAAGACAUCCAAAGCAAUACGCAAUGGUCCAAAUGGAAGCAGGGAGUCUUUUACUUCGCCGGCACCUACCUCCUCAUCGCCGCGGCCUCGGUCACCGGCACAGUGACCAAAGACGAGCUCCUCUCCACCACGAACCAACAAUCUCUCUUCAUCGCCCGCUCCAUCUUCUGGGCCUUUUCCCUCUUGACGCAGGGUGCAUACUACGGAUACAUACUUGUCUCCCUCAAACAAACACCCAGCCCCGCCUGGCCACAGACAUACAACUCGGAGCUCAAAACCCUCGACUCACGAACAACAAUCACACCACCCUCCCGCGCAGUCACAGACCCGGACUCGCCCAAAUUUGACACAAGACGCUCUUCUCUGCGCAAAUUCCCACGGCACUUAAAUGCAACCCGAUUCUCAGGCUGCACCCUCGACCUUGACAAAGACCGGCACUCAAUCUUCACCACUUCCUCCGGCGACUCCCCAACCAAACCUGAACCCAGUCCCACCCUCCCAUACCCAGACACUCGACCCUUCCUCCACGGGGGCAGCACUCGCAGCACACCCAGCCUCCGCGCACCAACCGCCUCACUCAACACCCUCAUCCGCCAACCCUCAACCACAUCAACAUGCAGCUACCUCGACGCCCCGGCCUCGCCCGCGGCAUCCAUCACCACCUUCGAGGGACAGGAGAAUAUCCACCCGCUCUUCCGAUCAAAUAGUCCCUGUCCAUCGCCGACGCCUGGACCAGGGAGUUGUGUGAUGGCGUCGCCGUCUGCUGGGCAGAUGAUUACGCAGCAGACGCUGACGCGGAUGCGGUCUGCGCGGUCGUUGCGGGAGAAUCGUUCGCCGUUGCCGUCGCCUUCAUCUGAGAGGCGAUUUGAGCUCAGUGAGUCGCCUGAGGAGAAGUAG